GUCUGGACAUCCACACGCAGAAGAAACGUUCAGGUUUCACAGCAAAAAGGAGUAAAGAGACAUGAGUGAUCACAACCAGUGGUUCAUAUUAUAGCGUGUGCACAACCUGAGACGGACCUGCCUCUCAGCCCUCUUUGCGCCGUGAACUUCACUUUAGACAAGUGGUUUGACAUUGCGUUGCAUCUCUAUCCGCUUCCUCUCGAAACUGACGUCCAUCCGCUGAGCGCGCAAACUUCACUAUUAUUUUUUCCUUUGCUCAGAAGCGCCCUGCCUCUGGCUUAACCGGUAAGCAUUGGAUCCGUCAGCCUACUGCGAAACUCCGGUGUAUAGCCCGGACCUUUGCCCAAACAUGAUUGCGACGCAGGCUAAGCUGGUUUACCAGCUCAACAAAUACUACAACGAACGAUGUCAGACGCGCAAAGCAGCGAUUGCCAAAACUAUUCGGGAGGUAUGCAAGGUUGUAUCGGACGUCCUAAAGGAGGUGGAAGUCCAGGAGCCUCGCUUCAUAAGCUCUCUUAGCGAAAUUGAUGCGCGCUACGAGGGCAUGGAAGUCAUUGCACCCAACGAAUUCGAGGUGGUGCUUUACCUGAACCAGAUGGGCGUCUUCAACUUCGUGGAUGACGGAUCCCUGCCUGGCUGUGCAGUCUUGAAGCUCAGUGACGGCCGCAAAAGAAGCAUGUCACUUUGGGUCGAGUUCAUCACUGCCUCUGGCUACCUCUCGGCCCGUAAGAUCCGCUCUCGGUUUCAGACUCUUGUGGCACAGGCCGUGGAUAAAUGCAGUUACCGUGACGUGGUCAAGAUGGUGGCUGACACCAGCGAGGUUAAACUGCGCAUCAGAGAGAGGUAUGUUGUGCAGAUCACGCCAGCUUUUAAAUGCACGGGUAUCUGGCCUAGAAGUGCUGCCCAGUGGCCCAUGCCUCACAUCCCGUGGCCAGGUCCCAACAGGGUCGCUGAAGUGAAAGCUGAGGGAUUCAAUCUUCUCUCCAAGGAGUGCUACUCCUUAACUGGUAAACAGAGUUCAGCAGAGAGCGACGCCUGGGUCUUGCAGUUCAGUGAGGCCGAGAAUAGACUCCUGAUGUCGGGCUGCAGGAAGAAGUGUCUAUCCGUUUUAAAGACUUUGCGCGACCGACACCUGGAGCUGCCAGGCAUGCCCCUUAACAACUAUCACAUGAAGACUCUACUGCUCUAUGAGUGCGAGAAGCACCCGCGGGAAACCGACUGGGAUGAGUCCUGCCUCGGGGACCGACUAAACGGCAUUCUGCUACAGCUCAUCUCUUGUUUGCAGUGCCGCCGAUGCCCCCAUUACUUCUUACCAAAUUUGGACCUUUUUCAGGGGAAGCCUCAUUCAGCCCUUGAAGCAGCAGCUAAACAGACAUGGAGACUUGCGAGAGAAAUCCUGACCAAUGCGAAAAGUUUGGACAAAUUGUAGUCUAACGUGAACACUUUGUUUCUCAUAUGUGGGACCGUAAGAGAUUGCAUCACUUAAAUGUGGAGAAAAAGGCCUUGCGCUUCUCCGAGCAGUGUCAGACUAUGUGGAAAACGAAAGUAACACACACAAGAAGACUUUCAUAAAGAUGCAUUGGGACAUUGUCAGAGAAAAAAAUGAAGGUACAUUUUAAACUAAAUGUAAUAAUUUCAUGUUCGUUGUUUUAAAUGUUUUCACAAAGUGAAGAUUUUUAAUUUAAAUAUAUGCACAAAAUCUUUAAUUGCAAAAUGAUAAAACUGUAGCGUGCCAAGUUCAACUUUUUCAUGAUGUGACUUUAAAUUGAAAUGUUAAUAAAGUCAAAACAAAAGUUGAAAGAGAA